UGUGUUUGUUUAUGUGUUUACUGGCUCAGUGGUUAUCAGGGGACAGAGCAGGCCAGCACUGGAGUAAGGGCUGGAGGAUAAGACCUAAUGACUUAUAAUACACAAACACAGCACCAGUACAGCAUCCACAGAUAGAGAGGAGGCUGUUGAGCACUGCCUCCUCACUGCUGCAUGUGGGUGAUAGCAUUCACUGAUGCCUGACCUAUUUGACGGGUUGAACAUAUUCAGACUACAGUAAAAGAAAAAAAACAUAUCCACAUGUCACUACAGAGAAAAACUCUUGAAAUCCCUCCCUAGGUUUCAGACCGACUCAGCUCUGAUUCACCAAGGUCACUGCUGUUACAGGGCUAAUAAAGAGGCUGAAAAUAACCCCACACACAGCACAUGAGAAAGUACACACAGACAAACUUAGAGGGUGGUUGUGACAGGGGAUGCACGACUGAAUCAUAAACAUCUCCACGAGGCAUUGUGAGGUUGCAUUAUGCAAUCACCAGCAUACAGAUUAUCCAGUCGAGUGAGAUGGUUGGCCAGAGGGAGGCGCGGUGCAGCCUUCGUCCAGCAUUUGAAUGUGUAACAAUUAAUGGGGAAGUUUGACUGAAGCCUGGUAAAGCUCAGUGGACAGAGCAGAGAGGAAAAGACAACUAAACGGACUAUUUGUUUAGCAUUUAUCUUGCACAAGUCACUGCAUGUCUCCGCAGAGAGGAGAUACAUCUCCAGUACAGAGGGAUAUUGCAUGCCGUCUAACCAGAUCGCUGCACGGUGUGUGCCAUAAAAACCAACACUGCUUGCAUAGGCAUUCUGCAAGGCUCGUGGUGAGACUAACACCCCUUUCAUCAUCACUCUGUGCGUCUCCUUCUUGGCGCUCUUUAAACUGAUCAUCAGUGAAAGUGCUCCCAAGCUGCAGCAGCCCAACUGUGACAUCUCUCCAACAGCACCACUCGGAGUGUGCUCAGGCUGGCUGGCUGCUGCACAGGCACCAUGGAGCAAAAAACACCCAAGGAUGAGAGCCCCGCGAAGGGACAGGAGUCUCUGUCCUAUCAGCGGAGGAUGUGGAAGAAUUUCCAAGAGAAAACCAAGCCCUGGCUCAGUCCUAAACUGGGAUCGGAGCGUCGCGGUGCCGGGGGCGCGGAGGGCAGCAAGAAGGAGUCAGGGUUAUGGAUGUUUAAGAGGAAAAAGAAACAGCUGGACCGGGUCUUUUCGUCGUCCCAGCCGAAUCUAUUCUGUUCUACACCGGCGCCUUUUCAAGGAGAUAAACAGACUCUUGGAGGUGAUGCGGUCCCGGGCACCAGCAGUGACGGGCAGCCUCUGCUGCAUCCCCUUGGCGCAGCUUCUGGAGCCACGGGGAGCAAACCCGAGCUGACGGCGCACGGGAGCCCCAAGCUGCCCGUCUCUCAGCUGAUCAUGUAUCAGCAGAAGAGCUCCUCUCUCGGCUCGGCGUGUUUCGAGAAGCUGGUGGUGGACCCGGCCGCAGUGCUGGGAGAGGAUGAGCAGCUGCGUAAAAACGCAAGCGAUUCUGGCAUCAACAUAGUGGGACCCAGUAAUGCAGAGCCCACUCCUCGACCUCCUAGUCCAGCCAUGUACCAGCUGGAUAUCAUCCUAAAGAAAGGGAACAACCUAGCCAUCCGAGACAGGACGGUUCCCGCUCUCCAUGGACCAUUUUAUGAAAUUUCACAUCUGGUCCUCCCAGCUCACUCUCACAGCUCACAUUUGUUAUGUGUGAAGACACUGGAUGUGACACUGGACCUGAAGGACCCUCAGUAUCCUGAACAUAACCUAGGCACCCUGGAGCUAGCAGUCACACUAUCACCAAAGGAGGACAUAAGGGAUGCUACCAUGCUUUUGAGAAGGAACUGGAAACGAUCUAGUAAGUAUCAGAGUAUGCGUCUGUCAGAUGUGCACAGAAAAGCCCAGCUAUGGCGGGGGAUAGUCAGCAUCAGUCUGAUAGAAGGUCGCAGCCUGCAGCCCAUGGAUGCCAAUGGCCUCAGUGACCCGUACGUCAAGUUCAGGAUGGGUCACCAGAAGUACAAGAGCAAGACCAUACCCAAAACGCUGAAUCCUCAGUGGAGAGAGCAGUUUGACUUCCAUCUGUAUGACGAGCAGGGAGGUUAUGUGGACAUCACAGUCUGGGACAAAGAUGCUGGCAAGAAAGACGACUUCAUGGGAAGGUGUACCAUCGACCUUUCGCUCCUCAGUAAAGAACACACACACAAGUUGGACCUGCCACUAGAGGAAGGUGAAGGUGUGCUGGUGCUGCUGGUAACACUCACUGCUUCGGCUGCUGUUUCCAUCUCUGACCUGUCUGUAAAUAUGCUGGACGACCCCCAUGAGAGACACCAGAUCACGCAGAGAUAUAGCGUGUGGAGAUCUUUCCACAACCUGAAAGAUGUUGGUGUGGUGCAGGUGAAGGUCAUCAGGGCGGAGGGACUGAUGGCUGCUGAUGUCACAGGUAAGAGUGACCCUUUCUGUGUGGUGGAGCUGAGCAACGAUCGGCUUCAGACGCACACCGUCUACAAAAACCUAAACCCAGAGUGGAACAAGGUCUUCACAUUUAACAUCAAGGACAUCCACUCAGUGCUUGAGGUCACUGUUUACGACGAGGACAGAGACAGAAGUGCAGACUUCCUGGGAAAAGUGGCUAUCCCUUUACUAAAUAUCCAAAAUGGAGAACGCAAAGCCUACGCCUUGAAAAGCAAGGAGCUGACAGGGCCAACAAAAGGGGUCAUCUUUCUCGAAAUAGACGUGAUUUUUAAUGUUGUGAAGGCAGGUCUCAGGACGUUGAUUCCCAUUGAGCAGAAGUACAUCGAGGAGGAGCCUAGAGUGUCCAAACAGUUGCUGUUGCGCAACUUUAACAGAGUAAGGCGCUGCAUCAUGUUCCUGAUCAACACAGGCUGCUACAUCAACAGCUGCUUUGAAUGGGAAUCUCCACAGAGGAGUAUCUGUGCUUUUGUGCUUUUUGUCAUCGUUGUUUGGAACUUUGAACUCUAUAUGAUUCCUCUGGCUUUGCUGCUGCCUUUGGUCUGGAACUACAUCCUCAUCGCAUCGGGGAAGGAUACCAGGCAAGAUGUGCAAGCAGUCGAGGACCUGCUGGAAGAUGAGGAUGAGGACUUUGACAAAGAUGACAAGGACCCUAAACCAGGCCCCUGGGAGGACAGCCGUGAUAAAAACCAUAUCCUCGAGGAUAUGUUGGCUUCCUGGCACUUUGAGUGGAUACGAGCAAUGGUGGACUCAGAGAGAAAGGGCUUCAUGAACAAGCUUUAUGCCAUUCAGGACGUGUGCAUCAGCGUGCAGAAUGCUCUGGAUGAAGUGGCCUCCUAUGGCGAGAGGAUAAAGAACACAUUUAACUGGACUGUGCCUUUUUUAAGCUGGCUGGCCAUCGUGGCUCUCGGAGUGGCCACCAUUAUCAUCUACUUCAUCCCCCUUAGAUACAUUGUGCUAAUCUGGGGAGUGAAUAAAUUCACCAAGAAGCUGAGAGACCCUUACACCAUUGAUAACAAUGAGCUGCUAGACUUUCUGUCCAGAGUGCCCUCAGAUGUACAAGUGGUGCAGUACCGAGAGCUGAAACUGGAUCCCAAUCCCAGCCCAAAUAAAAGGAAGAAAAACAACCCGGGGUAGAUGACUGUGUCCGCCCACCGACUCCUCUCUUCACCACUUUUCUUCUCGUGCUCUGUUACUGGACUCUGAGGAGCAGAAAGACCAGCUCGGCUCGACUAUCCUUCCUUAAUGUCCCUCCUUUUUUCUUCUCGUUACCUUUUUUCAGUCUUUAAUUACUCACAUGUCAUGAUACAGUUUCCUGAAGUGUAACUUUUGUAUGAAAAAUGAAGAGUCCAAAAAUCUCUUUAAUUAUUUCUACCACCGUUAUGCUUUAGAUUGAUUUUAAAGGAAUGGAUGGAAUGACCUUUUCUCUGCCUUGUGAGCCUCUCUCCUCCUCUUCUUCUUCUCCAUCACUCUGACAGCUCGGAGGACUCUGUUCAUGCGCCUGCCACAAGUGUCAAACAACAAGUAAAACGAGUUUUAACAUCGAAACUCGACGUUCCACACAGACAUUUUCAGUGCGUCCUUGUUUAUCAAAAUACAAGCCUUAUACUUACAUUCUGAAGCAUUAUCACUCUGCAGUAGACUCUUACUGUAGUUAUUACAUGAUUAUUGUAAUUUGUUCAUUUUUUCUAAUUGUUUUUCUACUGGAGUAUCUCUUGUUUUCUUCCCCUCUUGGAUGCAAUGAUGUUAUGUUCACUGGCAUUAAUUUGAACUGUUUCCACUUAACUCAGCCAGCCGAGUUGAUAAACAAUUAUGGUGUUAGCCUGCAGACAUGUCCCUCCACGCGCACAGGAAACAGGACCAAUAAGUUGAAGGCUUUUUGUGGUAUCCGCCCGUGCUUCCACACAGCGGCCAAAUUCUUCCUUUUCUAAAUUUCUCAUUCAGACAAAAAAAACAUGGAGAAUGAGUGGUUUAAGUUUAAAGUUCAGUAAGUUUGUUUUUUUAAAUAGAUGCCAUUUAAGGUACCAAAAGGAAAAAAAUAAAAACACAGUUCUCUUCUAAAUUCAAAUCAAAGUAAGUGUUCAGUCUAAUCUCUAGUCAGGGAAUAUCUCAAUACCAGGGAUUUACGAUACUGGAAUUUUGCCGAUAUCCAAUGUUUACAAAUUUAUUUUAUACUGAUAUUAAUACUGAUACAUAUAUUCAGUUCAGACCGAAAACAAACCAAAAACAAACUAAAAACCUAAACUUAUUCAUACAUACAGUAUGGCUGAUAUUUACAGUGGAUAUAUUGGUUGUAAAUAUUGGCAGAAAUUUUCAUACCUGCCCAUACAGUAAUUACUCUCAUAUCAUGCUGAUAAUAUCGUGCAUCUCUUCCCAUUACCUGUGUUGGGUUGUAUUACAUUUUAAAGUGACACAUUCUCGGUAGGAAGAGAAAGGAAACAUGCUACAGUGCUUUAGCAGUACCAAAAAUUAAAACCCUCUAACAUCUUGUUUCACGUCAGUUGUAAAAAUGGCAUGCCGUUGACUGUACAUCUUCUUUUGAAUGUGUCAACUUUACUUCCAUCAUGCAACUUAGUUAACAGCCCCAUCUGUCACUGUACAGCCUAAUAACCAAAAAACAUAGGUGACAACCUUAACAGCUCCUUAAUACGCUCACAUACCAGUGGGUAGGAGAGAGACUGAAACAGUGCACAUGUGUUUGGAGUUUUAUUUGAUUUGGGAUGAGAAAAAGUAAAGCAAACUGAGAUGCUUUUUUCAGAGACAAUCCUUUUAUCAAAAAGUAGUAAAUAACUUACUCGAAUUGCUAAACUGAUGCACUGCGUAACUUAUAAUAACAAAAAAGUAAUCUGAGUACUGAAAUGGAUUACUGUUUAAUACCCCACUACCCCCAACACUUCUCAAUACACUCAUUGUAGCUUCAUUCCUCUGGCAAGAUAAAUAUACAAAAACAAAAAAUAAGGCCUGCAUUGCCAAUAAUGAGAGGAAAAAAAAUCUGCCUGUUAUGCCCUGUUCAUACAGGACAGCAGUGUUUUGAAUCUUGUGUUGAUCAAACAUAUCAGUAAUUUGGAGUAAAAACUAAUUUAAUUAAAAAUGAUUUCAUUAUUGAGUAAACUCUGUCCAAACUUUUGUCCAAAUGUGCAUGCAUGUACCACUGCUCUCCUACUACACACAGCGCUUUCUACCCUGCUUCCUACAGUUUCUCUUUGAAAGUGCCUGAUCUUAUCAGUAUCAUUUAGAUGUACAUUUCAUGCAUAACACAGUUUGAAGUGUGUCGCUCAACAUUCAGUGGUUAGGCUUCAACAGCCGAUCUGCGCGGGGAGUUGUGGAUGCGUAAUGAUCCCAAAUUUAUAGAGCGCAGAAUGACAUCAACAGCAUAAAAACAGUUAAAAGUAACAGGAGAGGUUCAGAUUUAACAUGAGACUUCUCUCUCUCUCAUACGUUAACGGGAGGAAUGCUGGACUUCCCCUGUCUGAUCAGCAAAUAAGCACAGGUGACAACCUCCAUGUGUAAUGGGAGAGUGGUUUAUUGGUUAUGGACAGCUUGCUAUAGAUCUAAAAAUGUUAGAUAUGUAGAGAGAGGAAAAAAACACUUGUGCAUUGGAAACUCUGGUUAUCAGUAUGUAUAGGACGCAUGAAAUUGACUUGAGUGUCUUGCAAUAACGUGCUAAAGCUGUUUUUACACUUGUAUUCCUGAAAACUGCUAGAACAAUUCUUGCAAACCACCUCCUUCAAACAUUCAGCCCCCAGUGCAAGCCCGUCCUGUCAGAUUUGAGCUAGCGGACAUCUUAGAAGGCAAGACUGGACAUAAAAUAAGUGUCAAAUGUAGCAACAGAACCACGUUACAAUGCUGUAUGGAAAUAUUUGACUAUAUCAAUGCAAGGCAUGGUUUGAUAUAUUUAUGAUAUCAACAAAAGAGCCAGGAAGGACACUCAGGUGAGCAGAAAAUAUAAUGGGCGGGUUUUAGAUAUGUGCCCGGAGAUCAGGCCAGUUUUUCAUUUUAUUGUAAAUGGUUAGGGUAGUUUUUGCAGAACAUCUUCACUCCCUUCUGUUUUUCUCAUGUUGUAUUUUUCUGACUAUUUCCUGCUGCAUGCUCAUAUCAUUUCACAGAAAAUAUACUAGGUGGGCUGGCAGGAAAAAAAUCUUUGUAAAGUCACAUUAACACAUGCAGCUUAGCCUGACACUCCAGGAAGUUUUCAGGAGUUUAGGUGUAUGUGAAUAGAGCUUGAGUUCGUACAUCUCACGUCACACCACUCAAGUAGCAGAUAUUUUUACUUCUUAUAAGACUUACAGGCCUUGUUUCAGAUUUUUUUUUAUCUUAAAAUAAGAUUUUUUUAUCUUGUACUUGUCAGGCAAUGUGGUUUUAAAUAUACUUUUCACUAGAAAUAAGACAAAUACACUUGCUUUGAUUUGAGUUGUUUUGCUGUAUUAGGCAGCUGAUGUAAUGCCCCAAACCUUUACCCCAUCUAAACGUCAAGAAAAAUUAAACUUCAGCCACAGUUAACCUCCUUAAAAAUGUGUCAGCUGUCAAUCAGAGAGACCCUUCCUCUGUUGGUGGGGGCAGUCUGAGCCUUCUGCUGUCGCUUCGUUAAUAAAGAUGUCACCCAGUCUUCUCAGAGCGUCACCAGGCAGGUGGGCCUUUAGGCGACCGCAGCCCUAAUCUUGUUUGAAAGGCUGGUCUCCUUUCCUCACAUCUCAGUGUGCAGCCUCAUGCACAAAAAGCCCUUCCUUUCACGUGAAUAUUUCUUUAAGAGAUGGCACAUACACACUCACGCUGUACCUACAGAUGAAAGCGUAACAUCUCGUCGAAGCAGACACAUUCUCUCCCUCUCUCUCUCGCACACUUGCACACAAACAUGCUCUCUGUGAUGCUGUGCCCCAGGCUGGCCGCCCUCUCCAUCUGCCCCACCUCCAGUGCCCACAGCUCAACUUUGAUCUCUGCUUCCACAGACAGAGGCGUGCGUGUUUGUGAGUGAACUGUGUAUGUAAGAGUGUUUGCGUAUACACGUUUAUGCAAUCAAAGACAAGUUGCUUUUCUCAGCGCUGGUGUGUGUUACAAUCGUAUCUCCCCUCCAGCUGUAGACUGAUGCGCAGAUUCAGUCUCUCUGUUUGUCAGAUUGUAAAAUCCCGCGUCUGUGUGCAGCAGAAGUGCCAGCUGGAGUUUGCUGGUGUAGAAGGCCGUCAGCUAGAUGAGCAGCGAGUCUCUGUGUGACAGGACGAGGCUCUGAGGGGCUUUGGGCCCGAGAUGUCAGGGACUGAUCAGGAUGUGUGUAUGUGUGUGCGUGAGACUGUUUCAGAGCCCUCUUCCCAUCAUGCCUCUCUCCGUGUGCUCUCUCUGCGGUUCCCUCAUUCGUCAGUGAGCCGGGUUGCGACCCUGUCUGAAGGGACGGUCUCCUGGGCUUCUUGCUGAGCAUCUGUUGAAAGAUCACAGCUCGGGCUACAUUUGAGGAGGUCUCGUCUCAUCCUGCUGAUCCCUGCCUCCAUCUUUCCCUCUGCUCCUCCAUCUUUUUUCUUCCCCCUUUGUCUGUCUGUCUGUCUUUAUCGCCCUAAACCCCCUCUGCACCACAACCGGAGCUCUCUGCUGCCAUUUUGUCAUCCUCUCACCCUGCCUGUCUGCCGGCCCCCUCCCUCCCUCUCCUCCCAUCCAUCUCCAUGCUUAAAUAUCAACAGGCUCGGAUCUGUCACUCUAGAGGGCCAUUGAUUUUGUUUUGCUGCUUUGAGGAAUCCACUUGAAAGACAAUAACAGACUGUCCCCCAAGAGCAGCGUCGCAGACUGAUUAUAACCUCCUCAACAAACACACUCUGCAGCUCGUGAAGGAUGUCUUUUUAUAAUGCCUGAAGGGACUAUUUGAAUACCUGAUAUGUAUGUGUCUGCUACUCUGUGUAGUUAUUUUACAGCAAAUUGUGGUGGCUAUUGUGUGGUAUUGCAUCCAAAUACCGUUUCUUAUUUCAUUUCAUUUAUUAUUUGGUUUCAGCUCUGUUUGCAAGCAAACCAAAGUGUUUUUAUUUUGUAUGAUGCAGAGAAAUUACGUAAUAUAAAAGAAUGUAUCAGAGUGACAGCUGUAGAGGAUAAAAAAAGCACUUUUAUUUGCACCAAGUUGAAAUGAGACUAUUUAUUUUUUAACAAUACUGUACAGAGCGGACUACUGAUUAAUUUAUGUUUGUAUUUUAUACAGUAUGCCUGUUGAUUUUCUGGUGAUGAUAUUGUAACGUAGCUGUAUGCCUGUCUCAUUUUCUAAAGAUCUGUCUUUUUUUCCGCCUGCGACGUUGCCUGCCUGUGACAUCAUCUUUAUGUGCCCAGUUCUGACCAAUAACAUUUCAGGAAAGGAAAAAAAAAAACAAAAGCAGAGACAUGAGCCGGUCAGAAGGGGUGAAAGAAAAUAUGACGUAUAUUUCCUGUUGGAGACACAAAAUGCAUCUGAUGUAUGUUGCUUAUUUU